AUGUUUGCAGCAGGGCGACAAGCAGGUUCGACCGAUGAAUCUCAAGACGCUGCGGCAGCGGACGGAGGUGCUGGACAGAGUGCAGGUGAUUGGCUGAGCAUUGGCAAGAGUUUCGCGACCGGCAAGCGCGAAGAAACGACGAAUUUGAGUCAGGUGGCAGAGCUGUUGGAGUCGGCAAUGCAGGUCCAGUUAUCGACACGUGUUAAAAAAAGCAGCAAGAAAGAAAAGACAAAGCACAAAGAGAAGAGGCGACGCAGCGACGAAGAGACAACGACUGAGCCAUCGCAACACUUUUUAAAGCUGCACAAAAAGAAGAGAAAGAGAGAAAAGAAGGAGAAAAAGAGCAAGAAGAGACAGGAGUCGUCAAGUUCAGGUGAACGCAGUGAUAAUAGUGUACCUCCUUGCACAAAGUACCGCUCUGAGCGGCGCCGACAACGCGGUCGCAGUCGAUCGCGCUCUCAACCUCAAUCUCGGACCUGCCUUCGCCGCUACAAUGAUGCCGGCGAUAUGUCCGGACACCACGGACAAGUAACUUUGGGUCAAGAUAAAAAACUGUUUGAAUUUGACCGCAUGGGGGAUUGCGACAACAAGCACUUUGGAUCGACGUACGUCCGUGAUCAGCCGCUCUACCAAUUGGCCACACGACGAAACCUGCUUACAGGCGCAUGGGAAACCCAAGAAUCAACUUAUAUCCAUCUUACGAAAAGCGAAACAGACUCUGGUCGAUACUUCUCGCUGCAGGCACGGAAGUUGGAGAGAAACGCCCGACAAAGACGUCUGUAUCUUGCUUACGCGGAGAAGCGACAAGCGCAGGCGGUGCGUAAAGGGGUCGACUUGGAUUCGACAGGUGCUAAGAAUGAGAGCCGACCAGGUGAAAUGACUUUUAUUCCGUUGGAUCCGGUGCUGGACAUUGAUGCGCUAGUUAGCACUAGUACUGGUUACGAUGAGGUUGUUGACGAUACACCUUUGCUUACCACCGGACAAAGCGUUGAGCAGCAUCUGGUGAGACGCAGCAAAACGCUUAAUGCUGCUAUAGCCGCAAACCCACAGAGCAGUAGUUGCUGGCUCGAUUUGAUGGCUUUUCAAGAGCAGACGAUUGAUCUCCACACGAAGCCGAAUAUGCAUCUUGCUACAAAGACGAGCAUUUUAGAGAAACAAGCGGUGAUACUAGCACGAGCGCUUGCUGUUAAUCCUCAGUCACGGGAGCUGCACCGUGUAAAGCUGAACAUGUUAUUGCAAACUACAGCAAAGGGAGAAAACAGUGAUGUCGACUUAAUACAGCUGCAGAUAGAGGGUCUCCUAUCUGAAGACCCAGCGAACAGUGAACUGUGGCUGAAGCUCCUUCAAUGUCGACACCAACGAUUUAGUGACUUCUCUGUGCGGUCCGUGCGCGAUUUGUACGCACGCAUACUAACAGUAUUGCGAGCACAAGGUACGAGAUAUGACAAUGCGGCAGCUGCAUCGGCACUUCCUGCUCCGAAUUCGAGUGGAAAGAGUGGAUUCAUGGUGUCAGCCACACGUGUGGAAGAUUUAUCGAUCGUGUUACUCGAUUUUCACUUCCUGAUGUGCAUAUUUGAGAAAAAAGCAGGUUACGUCGAACGCGCAAUUUCUCAGCUCCAAGCUCUGCUUGAUUUUGGUAUGAUGGUUGACAACAGUAAUGGCAAAGAAACCCAUGCUGAUAAGCUGCGGAAGUUUGCCAUCCAUUGGAAUGAUGGUCACGUUUUAAGAAUUGGAAGCGAGCGCUUGGAAACAACUAAUUCGAAUAUUAAAAUGCUGGAAGAAGAUGAGCUAGAGACUUCUAUCAGCGCGUUAAGAGACUACGUCUAUGAAAAGUGCGUCACUACUGUCGAUCAAGUAAACCCUUCAAACACUUUGCGCUCGAAUGAACACAAGCAGAACUUGCUCUCGUCCGCAGCAGUGUACCGAAGGGGCUCUCAAACAAAGUCAUCAUUGGACCCUGGGACAAUCGAACAAGAAGCGAACGAAAUUGUGCCGGCCUCAGUGGAAUUGGCAGCAAGUGAUAAAGCAAGCACAGAGUCGAAAAUAAGCAGCACGCCGGUUUACAGCAAUUUACACGGGUACCGCAUAAUUGUCGAUGAGGCUGACGAUUCGAAAGAAUACGAGCGCAUUCUAAACGAAUUACGGGGUACGGAAAAUUCACGUGCUCGGCAAAAUCGAUUUUUGGAGCAACAGAAGAUGCGGCAUGUGGUGCUCGCUGCAGCACAAGCGCGGGUCGAAGAUCAACGUGCAAGUUACGAUCAGGUUUAUGAGGAUGACCUUUUCGUGCGAUGGCUUGUGCGUGAAGAAGCACAAAUGCAAAUGCAAUGGGACCCACUGCUGUGUAAUAAUUUAUUGCACCAGGAACGUAUUGAGCAGCAGCCUGAUCGGGCUACUUUAACGGAGGAAGUCCAGCCAUUUCUGUUUUAUGUUCCACCUGCGCAUCGAUGGCGGAUUAUCGCUGAGUUGUUGCAAAUCUGCGGCGUUUUUGGGAGAAGCAAGCAAUUGUGGAGUACUCACUUUUCAGCGUGCGACUCAAUAUAUGCGGAUAACUAUUCAGAUUACGAGCUUCUUGCAGGUCCGAUUUUAUCUGUGUUAAACCUUCAGGCAAUUGAUUCUAGCAAACCUGCACUGUUUCUUAAUCCAGCUGAUCGGACGAAGCUCCUCGAGGAUGCGCUUCUUGGCAGCAUUGAUGUGAAGCAAGAUGCGUUGCGUGAUCCUAGCAAGGUAGCAUUUGUACGCCGAGUCUUUGCGCAAGCGUUGGAUAUCUUUCACGACGUUGAUGGUACUUUCGAAAGCAAAUUGAAAUGCUGGUGGAUUGGCUUCGAAGCUAAGGUUGCUUGCAUGGUCCAAGGAGAUAGUAUUGUGACUGCUCGGCGCUUGAGUCAGAAUCUGGCUCAGAAGUCUGCGAAUAGCGACCCCGAUUUCGAUGUUCUUCAUGCUUAUGCCAAGCUAGAGCUUACUAUGGGAAAUGUAAGUCAAGUACGACGUAUCUGUGAGAGUACUUUGCGCUCACUACAGAAUCGAUUUUCAAGCGAUACCUCGUUGUCCAGGGUAAUUCAUCGCUUUGUGUUUCUGCACGCGCGGCUGGAAAUGUGGUCAUCGGCCAUCAAGAGUUGUGCUAGCGCGGACUACCAAACGCUUCGGUGUUUGUAUACUCUGUGGUUCGUAUGGCAACCAGUACAUGAAAACAGCAACGAAAUUGCAACGCUGUCUUCGAAAAGGCACAAGAAAAGAACCCAGGAGUACUUACAGAGGCUCUUAUUGUCAAAUCCAUCGAUUAAAACCAAUUUGGUUGCCAAAUACCGGGUGGAGCUUCAGUCCGCCCUUCGGCAUUGCGCCGCAUCAAAUUUAGCAGGUUCAGAGAUCGGCAACGAGAAGCCUGCAUCGCACGACCAAUUGCCAUGCUGGGCCGGGUACUGUCUGCAUAACUUGGCCCUUGUCGUUUACAUUUCUCACGGAUUCGAAGCAGCUUGCCGAGAGUAUCGAGUGGUGUUGGCUAAUACUGAACACCAGACGUGUUCCCAGGUUGCAUGGAUAUGGACCUGCUACUUGGAGUUCAUGCAGCAGCACCAAGUAUCAGGCUCGUUUCCCGCGCUCGCACCUCGCGAAUGGCGCCAGUCAGUUUAUGAUGCAGUGGAUAAGUUUCCGCUCAACGAAUUAUUUCUUCGGCUAUUUGUUGAUUCUGAGGCGGGAAACACUAUUUCACAGGUGCAUCGCACGUAUUUAGCGCAGAUUGAAAAGCGCUGGAGACGCCAUUUUGAUUCACCAAAAUUGGUUGAGUGGCUGUUUGCGCUGCUUUGUGAGUUUUGCCGCAUUGAGCGGGCCGUGACGCUCAAGAAGUCUGCCGUGAACAAUGACAACUCUGCUCGUCUGGGUUGCUGUCUCUUUCAUCACUGGGAUAUGAAUCUGGCUGCUGCGAAUCGUAUCCGCCAAAUAUUUGAAAGUAUGGUUCGCCAGAUUCAGACAAAAGGCAAUGCGCUCUGCUGGAGGUUGUACAUGCGCUUUGAGGUAGCACUGGGAAAGGUUGAUGUGGCGAAGAAAAUAUUGUACCGUGGAAUUGCCGCUUGUGCAUGGAGCAAGGCGCUUUAUAUGGAUGGGUUACGCGUGAUGCGUGCGUAUUUGACUGAAGCCGAAUGCAAGGAACUUCUCGAUUUUAUGGAGUCAAAGGAGCUGUAUUUACGCGUCGACAUCGAAGAAGAAUUCGACAACUAG